AUGGAGGAAACAAAGCGUCUUCAGAAAGUUUAUCAGCUGUUUACAGAGUCUCCAGCAGAGAAAGUGCCCGCAAAUAGGCUUGUAGACAUCCUGAGGUUUGCAGGAUAUAUCGUUUCAGAAAGCUAUGCAGAUGAGCUCGCAUCCUCAAUCGCAGGCGAUAUGCUAGACUUCAGACAAUUGACUGAUAUCUGUGAAAGAAUACGAGAGCGUGAAGUCACCAGAGAUGAGUUGCAGAAAUCAUUCAGAAAGCUUGAUCCAGAAUGCACAUCCUACAUCGACACUGGAAAGCUUGUGCAAAUUCUCUCAUCUGGAGAAAAUAAGCUUAACCAGGAAGAAAUUGUGGAGUUGUUGAAUAUUCUAAAUCCAGACGGAGAUGGAAAGAUUUGCUAUGAACUCAUAAUCAAGAGCAUCUUUGGAUAUUAA